AAGCAGGCGGCAUGGCCAGGACGAGGAGGAGGAGGAGGAGCGCGGCGAUGGAGCGCAAAUUCGAACGGCAGACGCUCCAGGGGCGCGGAUGACGAUGCUCGUGCGCUCGGCGAGCGCGAGCGUUCUACUGGCUCUGCCGCGCGCGGUCUCGCCCAAGGCGCGCCCUUCGACCUCGGUGCGCACGAGGUGUUCCGGCAGUGGAGCAGGCAGAGAUGGCGGUGGUCCCUUCGUGGAUACAAGGAUUCACUGGGGCUCGUCUGAGGAAGGUUGGGUCGGCACGGGCGGCGAUCCCACCGAUUUCUCUUCCGAUGAAUCUGCUCCCGACGGUGGUGAAAGUGUGAGCACCUGGCGGCAGGGCCAAGACGAUGCCUUCAUGGGACUUCUAUUCCAAGCUGCUGACAGUCAUUACAGAUAUCUUGGACUCACACCAGAUGCAGAUACAGAGGAUAUUAAGGCUGCUUAUCGGAGACUUUCCAAGACUUAUCAUCCUGAUACUACAGCUUUACCCUUAGAAGUUGCGGCCCAAAAGUUCGUCCGUCUGAAGGAGGCAUACACUGUUCUAAGUAGUGAGCAAGAGAGACGCUUCUACGACUGGCAAUUGGCCCAAGAAGUUUCUAAAAGACAAGGUGGUCGUUUUAUAUGGCCAUAUGAGGCUUCGGGGGGGAGGGGAGACGAUCGGGGUCCGUAUUCCUCGGAGGUUUGGGAUCCUGAAAAUGACUCAAAGGAACCAGUCGAUAGGCUUGGAGGAGACAAUAUGGAGCUCAGUGACCAAGCCCAGGCCGCCCUGCUAUUUGACGCCUUUGCAUUAGUCGUUUCUAUCUUCGCUAUUAUUUUUGCCGCGCUGAAGCAAUCCCAAUCGUAAAUAUGUUUACACACUACCUUGAUGUCAGUCCACGCUUCAAAGUGAACAUUCUUCUCAAAGUAGCAGGUCUUGAGCGCAACUAAUCCACCUGGCGACACUGAUCUUAGUCAACCUUGGCAAGUAUCACCAUGUGGAUAUUAUGUGUGAACCUGAUAUUUUUAAGCGACAGUAAGCCUUCCAAUAGUUCGCACGUUAUACUUUCUUGUAAAUACGCGGGUUGAAAUUUCAUAUAUUUCUUCGAGGAUACAAGUGUCUCACAACUUUGUAUAGAAUGUCAGAUCGUAGGAAAUUGAAUUCUAGCUGGAGAGUUGGUAAAGAUCGACGAGUAUAUUGUCAUUUACGGAAGGUUGCUUUAUGAAGUCAAACUUUUCUUGUCUCACAUGAGGACAUUGAGCAUACAGAUGGUUGCUUAGUAAGAUUCCAAACGUAAGAUUUUGGAACGCAUGUCGUGGAAAACAACCGCAGAGAAACGAAUGUGGUUGGGGUUCAACAAGGUGUGCAAUCACGAUGGUCAUCUUCUAUUGCAAACUGUCAAAACAAGCCCGUGGACAUUG